AUGACAUAUUGGAAAUUUUCAUUAUUUUUCGUUAUUCUUUCAGUGUUUGCAUUGAUUGCUCAAUCACAAAUUGUAAAUCCAUGUGAAUUAAAUAAUGAAGAUACAGGUGUUUACUACAAUUUCACAAAGUUGGCUGGUAAGGACUGGACUGGAACAGGUUCAACUAGUGGAGCGAAAUAUCAUUUCAGUAUUUGCAGUUCAAAUGAAUUUUGUAAUGAUUCAGCAGUUCAAUUGAAACCGUCCUCGGUCUGUGCACCACGUCCAACCAUGUACACCUUUGGUAAUCAAAAUAUGAUCCAAAUCUCACCGAGAACCGACGAUGAAGACGGUGGUGUCGUUGAUUAUCAAACCGGAAGCACAUGUGGAGGUCAAAAUAAUGUGCGUAAAACUACCAUCAACAUUCUCUGCACCGGUGAGGAGUCAGUUCAAUCGAUCACCGAGAUCGGAAACUGUCAGGUCAUUAUCAACGUCACUGCUGCGUGUGGAAAUCACAUGUCUUCAAAGAAGGGUGGACUUGGUGGUGGUUGGAUUUUCGUAAUCAUUUUACUUUCGGUUUCAGCUGCAUAUAUAAUAUUUGGAACCAUUAUUAAUUGGAAGGUUAGACAUCAUGAAGGUGCCAAUAUUUUCCCAAAUAUCGAUUUCUGGAGAGGAUUUGGAACUUUGAUUACAGAUGGUGUUUUGUUUAUUCGUGGAAAGAUUUCCGGUACUGCUUACCAUGGAUAUCAACAGGUUUAA